CGCCGUCGCCUCUCAGUCCCAGCCCGCCGCCCGUGCGCCCAGGGAGCCUCUCCUGAGAGCGGAACCUGCGCCCACUGUCUCCCUCCAGCCGCCGCCGUCCGGCCGAGCCCCAGCUCCGGAGCUGCCGCUGCCGCUGCCGGGACAUGGUCCUCUGCGUUCAGGGACCUUGCUCUUUGCUGGCUGUGGAGCGGAUCGGGCAGCGGCCCCUGUGGGCCCAGUCCCUGGAGCUGCCCGAACCAGCUAUGCAGCCUUUGCCUGCUGGGGCCUUUCUGGAGGAGAUGGCAGAGGAGACCCCGGCCCAGCCAGAGAGUGAGCCCAAGGUGCUGGACCCUGAGGAGGAUCUGCUAUGCAUAGCCAAGACCUUCUCUUACCUCCGGGAAUCAGGCUGGUAUUGGGGCUCCAUUACGGCCAGCGAGGCCCGGCAACACCUGCAGAAGAUGCCAGAGGGCACCUUCCUUGUACGCGACAGCACCCACCCCAGCUACCUGUUCACACUGUCGGUCAAAACCACCCGAGGUCCCACCAACGUGCGCAUCGAGUACGCCGACUCCAGUUUCCGCCUGGAUUCCAACUGCCUGUCCAGGCCACGCAUCCUAGCCUUCCCCGACGUGGUCAGCCUCGUGCAGCACUACGUCGCUUCCUGUGCCGCUGACACCCGAAGUGACAGCCCCGACCCUGCGCCUACCCCGGCCCUGCCUACCCCUAAGGAAGACGUGCCCGGUGACCCGGCGCUGCCCGCGCCCUCAGUCACGGCCGUGCACCUGAAGCUGGUGCAGCCCUUCGUGCGCAGAAGCAGCGCCCGCAGCCUGCAGCACCUGUGCCGCCUCGUCAUCAACCGCCUGGUGGCUGACGUGGACUGCCUGCCGCUGCCCCGGCGCAUGGCCGACUACCUCCGGCAGUACCCCUUCCAGCUCUGACCUGCCUGAGCCUCUGUCUGCCUAGCCUCACCCAGCUGUACCCUGGUGGGGACACCGGCCCCAGCUGGACUGGGGCUCCCGUCAUCCCUCCUCCAGUCAGCCCGGUGACUGCGUGCACCUGACAGCCAGACCGGGAAGAGUCAGCAGGAGCAAGGCUGGGGGGUGAGGGGUAGGGAAAAGUGUCACACAACUCGGAGGUCAACGCCCCCAGCUCCCAUGUGGCUCUGUGGUGGUGAGCCAUGGGUCAGAAGAGAGGGAGACAGGCAGGACCUUGUCUCACCCUGUGGGCUGGGCCCAGGCCCCCACUUGCCUGCUGUGGCCUCCUGAACUAUAUAGACUUUGCCACCCCUGGUUUCUCAGUCCACAGGGUGGGGCGGGCCCCCUCCUUCCCAGCCAGCCUGUCUCAGGGAGGAUGGCGGCCAGAGGAACUGAGGUUGGCAGUGACAGUCCCCCGCUGGGGGAACAAGCCAGGCUGGGGGACUGCAAAGUUAUACAGUAUUUAUUUAUUUAUUCUCCUUGGGUUGGUCUCGUGGUGAGCCAACCCCUCUCUGCCCUGAGCCCCAAGUGCCUGGAGACCCCAGCUCUGCCCCAGCUUCGCCGGCUCCUCCUUGUGGAGAGCCCCAUCCUGAGACCUGUUGCUGGACCUAAGGUGGUUCUGGAUAUCCUGGCGCUGACCCACCUACCUGUGAAUGUGUCCCCCUCCCCCUUCUGCCCCCAGCCCUGCUUUGGGAGGGUGGGUAAAUAAUGGACAAGAAAAUGAAGCCAAGGCAUCAAUGCCCAGCAGAGCCCGCCGCUCACCCCCUCGCAGGGCAGAGCCCUACCUGCGCAGAGCUGGUCUGGCUGGGCCACAGGCCUGUGGGAGCACGCGUGCUGCCCCAGGUCUGCUGAGCCUGCUUCCUGCCCAGGAAGGUGCCUGUACAUGAGAGGGAAAGGAAUACAUAUCUGAUAAGACUUUAUAAAAUAAUUAUUAUAACAAGCAAAACCCAGUUUGGUAGUCUUUUUUCUUCUACUGAUUUUUCUGUAUUGACAAUAAAAUUGUACUUUUCAUUUAA